CUGUUCAUCUUCCGUAUCCUGGUGCUGGGCACGGCGGCGGAGUCAUCUUGGGGCGAUGAGCAGGAAGAUUUUGACUGUGACACGGAGCAGCCGGGCUGUGAAAACGUGUGCUACGACCGGGCCUUCCCCAUAGCACACAUACGAUACUGGGUGCUGCAGAUAGUGUUCGUCUCCACCCCCAGCCUGAUCUAUAUGGGCCACGCCAUGCACACGGUCCGGCAGGAGGAGAAGAGGAGGAGCCGGGAGGAGGACGAGGGAGAGGGGGGAGGGAGGGAGGAGGACCCGGGGGGAGGAGGGGAAGCAGGAGGAGGAGGAGGAGGAGGAGGAGGGAAACCGGACAGAAGAGGACACAAGGAUGAAGGAAAGGAGAAACCUGAGGGUUCGUCUGCAGGCCGAGUUCGACUGAAAGGAGCUCUGCUGAGGACCUACAUCCUGAGUAUUCUUAUACGCAGCAUUAUGGAGAGGAUUAAACAGUCAGGAGGGAGGCCCCAACGGAUCCACGCCAAAAGACAAACGGAGACUCAGCAGAACCAGCGGAGGCAGCAGGAGGGCGGAUGA